CAAAGUACAAAGCUUUAGCGACCCUUCGAGCCCAUUGGGACAGUUUUUUCCCUCUGCCUCUCCAAUCUUGGCCUUUGAUGGAGCACAAGGAAAGACUGGGAACGAACGAAGGCUGAAGGAUGGAACCGCGGGACUGACAAUGUGAAGAGGAGCCAAAACGAGCGCGCUCAGCUGGACAUGUAUCUGGGUGGAGGGUGAGCUCAGGCGCUCUCAGAUGAUGGUGUUGGCAUUUGGUCCCUUUUUCUCAUUGCGCCAGUUGCGUUCCACGGCCCAAGUUGGAAUGCGAGUGCCAGUCAUUGGAUGUUAGAGAUAUUCGUCCUUGUGGAAUCACUUCAAUUGGUGCCUCUGAGAAGAAGUCACCCCAACCACAUAUCAUCAGAAGACAAAUAUUAAUACUCGUUGUAGGACUGGGAACAUCUUGUUCCAUUGGAAAGAACAAGACUCUGGAAAUUUGUACGCAGAAUCAGCGGGCAGAUGUCAAUGGGGAUGGCCGAUUGUCGGUGGACGAGUAUUACCAAAUCCUGAAAGAGCAUGGGAUCGAGUGCAAUCGAGAGGAGAUCAUUCAGAUCAUGCAAAUCGCGGACAAAGAUCAUGAUGGGUUUAUCAGUAAGGAAGAGUUCCUAGGGGAUUCUCCCAAACCCGAUGGUGUCAGUAAAGCUCGUCGAGCGUUCAAUGUUUUUGAUAAGAACCACGAUGGAUUCGUUACCAAAGAGGAAAUGAUGAAAAUGUCCAAGCACAUCACCAAAGAGCAGGUUGAUGCCGUGUUCGCCCGAAAUGAUGGGAAUCAUGAUGGAAAGCUGACCCUAAAUGAGUUCCAAGAAUUCAUGGACCACAAUCGACCUUCCAAGAAGUGACAACCCCAACCCUUUCUAUCAUUGUAACAUAUUGUCCAAUGCUCUAAAAUGCUCCAUCCAAUGUAGAUUCAUCUCAAUGUUCCCUUUAUCUGCUUAUCCAUCCAUCUCAUGUUUCUAUCUUCUGAAAUUUUGAUACAAAAAAAAUCUUAACAAAUGC